GGCCGAGCGGCUGAAGGAGCUGCACCUCCGCGAGUACCCCGACUACAAGUACCGCCCGCGCAAGAAGGGGCAGAAGGGGCAGCUGCGGGGCGUCUCGGACAAGAACGGCGGCAAGGUGACCAAGGCCAAGGAGAGCCACGGCGGCGGCGGCGGCCGGGAGAAGGCCAAGAGCGUGGUCAACGUGAUCAGCAACACGCGCAUCACCCACACGCAGGGCCUCGAGGUCGACCACAACAAGCUGGGCAUCAAGAUCACCAUCGACGACGACUUCAAGCGGUCGCACAUGAUGCCCCAGAACGGCGCCAUGGCCCUCACGCCGCAGUCCCCUCCCGAAGUGCCCGCCAGCCCGCCCUGCGACCUGCCAGACUCGCCCGAGAGUGCCUCCAUGUACGACGACCAGCAGGCCUUCAGCUACAACCCCGCCCACACCGCCCACUACCACUCCAGCACCAGUUCCACCGCCUCGUCGCCCUCCACUCACACCAUCAGUCGAACCAGCCUCACGCUCAGCAGCGCCACGUCCAUCCACAACGUCAUGUCGAGCCUCAGCACCGCCAGCAUGAUCAAGCAGGAGCCCGAGGACCCUCUGUACGAGGCCGUGUACACGCCCCAGAGCCUGGCCUCGCCCGGCCUGGCCUCGCCGCUCUGCGAGACGCCCACCACGCCCCACAUCAAGACGGAGCUGAAGCAGGAGACGCCCAGUCCGAGCGCCUCGCUGGCGGUGGACCACGCGAGCCUCGACGACCUGUACAACAUCACGGACUUCAUCUCCGUCACGGACAUCAAGAUGGACUUGGCUGACAUCGACUUCGACGCCGUCAGCACGAGUUCGGGGUCCCACUUCGACUUCUCGAGUGUGGCCGACGAGACGGACCACCUCCUGUCCGACUGCGGGAUCUCCCACACCUGGAUCGGCUCCGGCGCCUUCCUGCAGUAGGCAGGAAGCCCCGGGGCGCGUGAUCCAAGGGCGCGUCCUUUUUUCUCCUCCCCUCUUUCGUGUAGACAACGAAAGACAGACUUUUUAAGAUAUAACACUUCUGUCCAGCAUAGACUUAACAGUACUCUAGUGAAGUCAUUAGUAUUGUACACGAGAGAUCUGUUGGACGGGACCAACUGUCCUACCCAGCUUACAAAGCCUCCAUAACGGUGCCAGUGCCUUCAACCAUUGUUUCCUAUGACCUUUUUAACAAAAAAUAAAAAGUUAAUGAAACAGUACACAGAACAGACGAACCAAAAACAGUAAUAACAAACCAGUUAAACCGCAACUUACCGCAGUCUGGUCAAUAUAAUGGUGCACAAAGAUCAUCUCGGUGAUGAGACAAACUUUAGCCUUAGCAGCCCAGCCAUAAUGCAUGUGAAACAGUCUAGUUGGUGGACGACGACCCGCAGCGGGAGAGUCGUCCUUCUGGUAAACCAGUAUUCUCCACGUCGUACCGUAUUGUAUGAGGCUUUUUUAUUUUUGAUUUUUAUUUAUAUGUCUUCUGUGGAAGUGAUGAACCAUUUUGAAUACAUAUGUUGAUCGGAAUUUUUAAAAAGGAACCAAAUUUCUAGUGAGGGCAAGUGGGGCUUUGGAAGAAAGAAAACAGAGGAGAUACAAAACAGUCAUCCUAACAAGGAAAUGAGAGGGAGUCUCGCAGUGUAAACAAAUACUACUAAACAUGUCUUUCUAUUGGAUCGCCAGUCCACUCAUAUAGUUUGUUGUAAUAUUCUCCGUUGGUGAGGAGGCUCAAAGGAACAAAGAAAAGAGAUUCUUUAGUUCUGUAAGGAACAAGUCCCUAACAAUGUUUGCCAUCUUUUUGUUGUAAUGUUUGUGAAGAGAGAGAAGGAGGAGGUGUGGAUUCUGCUGAAGAAGUGGAAGAGAUCGGAAGAAAAGGAAGAAGAAGAAGAGGUCGAUGAUUGGUGGCUGGAGGCUUGAAAACAAAAAAAAAAAAAAGAAGUCCCGACUGCACAACAUCAGGCGACGCUGGUUCAAGAAAAGGCGAAUUGGUUGAAGAAGAAGAAGAAAAAAAAAAAGGAAUUGACGAAGACGGUCGAAGAUCAAGAACAAAGAAGGAAGGAAGACGAAAAGAAGAGUCUCGAUGGUGAGGCGGAAGGAUCACCCGUUGAGCUGUUCUUGUGCAGGUCUUCGGUGUUGGGCGAAGGAGAGCCAAGACGCUGCUGAAGGAGCCUAAACACUGCAGAUCGAGCCAAGAGAGCAAACCUUUAACUUGUGGUGUGACAACCUGAGGCGGUGACAGUCCAUGGCGGUGACAGCCUAUGGUGAUGACUGCCUAUGGUGGUACGACAGCCUGUGGUGACGACUGCCCAUGGUGGUACGGCAGCCUGUGGUGGUGACUGCCCAUGGUGGUACGGCAGCCUGUGUGGUGACUGCCCAUGGUGGAACGGCAGCCUGGUGGUGACAGCCAUGUGGUACGCAGCCUGUGGUGGUGACAGCCCAUGGUGGUACGGCAGCCUGUGGUGGUGACAGCCUCGACCAAUGAACGUCAAGGAAAACCCGUGGGCAUUUGGGGAGACAGUCUGAGUGACGUCAUCAGUGCAAUAAGCCAAUCGCAAGGCAGUUCAGUGACGUGGAAAAAAAACGUGUAUAAAAAAAAAAAAAAAAAUGUAGUCUAUGGUAGUAUUUAUAUAUUGUUACAAAAAAAAUAUUUUGUAAAUGACACAUUGUCCCAGUGAUGCCGUCGGAAGAAACCUGUAUCUUGUUUUUUUUUUUUGUUUGUUUAAGUGAUUGCACAGUUAUGGAGUCCGCCUUCUUAACGGCCUUGCAACUUUUAUUUUUUUUUUUUUUUUUUUUUCGUUCCUUCCUGCGUCCUUCGUUAUAAAUGUACAAGCCAUUUCGUUCUGGACUGCCACUCGGAGGGCACAUGUAAGGAGAUAAUCCCAACAGUACUUAAGAAAAAAAUAAUAACGUAUGACGUCACUGAACCUGCCCCCCCCCCCCCCCCCCCCCAGUCCCCUCUCCCCAUACCCCCUACCCCCCCCCCCACCCACCUAACGGCGAUGGCGUUGUUGCGUAACCGUUUUUUUUAUAUAUAAAUAUAUAUAUAAAUAUAUAUACAUAUGGGUAUUUUGGUAUGAUAAUGCAAUAAAAGAGACAAGAUUGAAAGAGGCAGAUUUUGUUUGGAAUUCUAGUCAGUACAACAAUAUUACUGUGUAUAGUAAUAAACUACGUCAAACGAUUUUGCUCGUUGUUUUCGCCCGUUUAUACAUGUAUAUUGUCACAUUAUCAUUAUUAUUUGCAUAUUUUUUUCUCUCGUAGAACACGGUUGAAAUGUAUCCACUUUUUUUUUUAUUUAUGUUCAAUUUGUGUUAGUUAUUCAAAGUCUAUUGAUUUUUUUUCUUUUUUAUUCGGUAGAAGGAAAAAAAUAUAUAUUUGUUUUGCAUCUCACCAGUUGCAAAAAAACUGCUCAAAACACUGAAAAGAAAUAGAUUAUAAGACGACUUUAAUAACAUCAGAAAUUUUCACAAGUGAUCUCAAUAUUUUCACAUACAAACUAACAAAUUUGACAAUAUUUUUUCACUUUUUUCAUCAUUGCAGUUAUUCUCUUUCUAUCAACCCUUUUCUUCCUUCUGCCUAAAAGUCUAUUAUAUUAUUGAUCAUAUUUUGUACAUAGUGUUAAAAGAAUGAAUGAAAUAUUCCUUGUACAGUUUUAAUUAUAUGGCAUUUCGUCAAUAAGUCUUGUCGAAGGUUUUAUAUAUAUUUGGUAGAGUUAGCGCUUGCCUGUUCCAAGUUCAGGAACUGCAGGUGUAUGGAACAAAUAAAUUUUUAUAUGUUUCAAGUGA